UGUACGUACAUACGCACACACACACUCACGCACAGACCCAACACAUGCUAUGUUGUACAAAAAGCCACCAGCAAUCACAAGGAGGUCGGUCUCCUUGGCAACGGUGGAGCAUAGUCGUGUUUGUAUCUUCCUUUUAAAAAAAAUAAUUAAAAAAGUUGAAAAGAAACGAGACUUCAACGUCGAUGAAGGGGGCGGGGCCGUCGAAGGGGGAGGAGCCAUCAACCCCGAAGGGCUCCAGAAGCUCCUCAAGUCGUUAAGGGAGUAGUGUAAUAAUACGGGAAUGAAUAAUACAGGUUUAAGCUACCAGACGGGGGACUGAGACGCCCGUGGAUGUUCGAACGCUUUGCGGAGGGGGGAAGAGUUCCGCUUGUUUCUGUUUUUUGUUAAAUAUCCGGACGUGACGUUUGUAUUCCGCGUGUCGUUUGAGGAACACGCCGGAUGAAACACUUUUAGGUUUAGUGACCAUGUCUACUGAAGGCUGACGACCAAACGUGAAUGUGUAAAGUUAUGAUGUGACGAUGACGAUGAUGUAGAAGAUGACGACGAUGAUGAAGAAACCCAACGGUUGCGGACAACCCCGUUUGAGUCCUGAUUUCUGGUUGCCGUGUUUGAAUGGACUGGGACAUCUAUGAACUGUAUAGUUUGUGUAUUCAAGUGUAUUCUUCAAAUAUCGGACCAUGAUGCACCUGUGUGGUUCAGUGGUUCAUCUUUAUUUUUAUUUUAUUCAGCGUACCUCUACCGCAAUCAUAGUGACGCUUGUGCUGUUUCAAGGCGACCUUGAAAUACAUUUCAUAUCAAAUCUGUGGUGUUUUCUUUUUUAUUUGUAUGUAUACAUGGUCUUAUUCCACAGUGUAAAUACUUGUUUAUCAAUGAAACAUAUACAGUAGUGGAUACUAUGGUGGUAUUGUGAUAUGGUUAUUGUAAAUACUGUAAAUACUACCUGUACUUAUUAAAGUGUAUGACAUUUUGAGGUGUUUUCUUAAACGAGGUUGGAGUGACGUUUUACAUAGUAAACACGGACGUGAUGCGCAUGGUGAAUAAAUAUAAAAUCAAUUGCAAUGAGUCGAACAAUAAAACAAAAAUUGAAAUGAUGUGAAAAUAUAUUUCUAGAUCACUGUGAAACCAGAUUUCAUCUCAGCGGUUAUAAAUUAUAGAGAACCGCUAUGUAUUUUAUAGACAAAACCAGUUUAAUAUAGUUUUAAUGUUAACUCGAAUAAUGUAAUGGGUUUAGAAAAUAUUUUUGUCAGACUGCAGAUUGCUGCAGUGUUGAAGAAAGCGGGGAUAUAUGAAAACAGACGGGUCAGGAACCGUUUCAGUGAGUUAUACAAAUACCGUAUUUUCCGGACUAUAAGUCGCGGUUUUUUUGUAGUUUGGCUUGCCCUGCGACUUAUAUUUCGAAGCGACUUAUAUGCCAAAAUUGUGCGUACAUAAACUUCGGCCGCAAGAUGGCACCGUCAUUCAUUAGGCCUACAACUGAACGCUGCAAGCCUACUGCACCACCGAAUAAAUUAUAUUCUCGUCGUCAUCGUCCUCAAUGUCCUCCGGUUCAACCAAAGCUACCCCAGCCUUAGCUGCAAUGUUGUGCAACAUAGCUGUCACACAUAUCACAGCGCAUGACUUGGCCGGCGAAAACUGGAGCCCUCCGCUGGACACCCCCCGAUCGUGCGCUCAGGUUUAGGACCGCGGCGCAUACGCGUCCGGUGGAAUCCCGGUGUCACUGAAUUCGGUAUACUCUCAGAACUACGAGUGGGACCGACACACCUAUUGCUAUUGCAAUUUUAUUCAGUCUCCCCAGACUAAACGUUCUUGUUUAAAUGUUUAAAAAUAAAUGCGACUUAUACACCGAUGCGACUUAUAUAUGUUUUUUUCCUCGUCAUGGAGUAUUUUUUGACUGAUGCGACUAAUACUCGGGAGCGACGUAUAGUCCGGAAAAUACGGGGCGAUCAGACCCGGGCAUUGUGAAACCCUGUCUGUGGGAACCCGAUCUGAAGUGAUCGGAUGUGGAGGAAUGAUCCCACUUUGCAUCCUCUCCGUGGCUCUGUGACGACAUGACGACGGGGAAAUAGACAUUUCUACAGACCUAGGCACUGGGUCCUUCUGAAGGAACCACAUAGUCUUGUUUUGGACUUGGACAGCAGCCAUGUCUCAACUUAUUGAUUCGGAUGAAAGCACUCCUCUGCUCAGAGACGAUGCGAGCAGUGACGACGGCAAGGACGCAGACUACAAGAGCCGGUGGAGGUCCAUCAGAAUCAUGUACUUUACCAUGUUUCUCAGUAGUGUGGGGUUCACCAUCGUCAUAACCUCCAUCUGGCCCUACUUGCAGAAGAUCGACCGCGGCGCCGACGCCAGCUUCCUGGGCUGGGUGGUGGCGGCCUACAGCCUGGGCCAGAUGGUGGCCUCGCCCCUUUUCGGCCUCUGGUCCAAUCACAGGCCUCGUCGGGAGCCGCUGGCGUGCUCGCUGCUGAUCAACGUGGGGGCCAACGUGUACUACGCCCUGGUGGCCCUGCCGCCCGCUGGCAACCGCUACCACAUGCUGGCGGCCCGCGCCCUGGUGGGCUUCGGCGCAGGUAACGUUGCCGUGGUGAGGUCCUACGUUGCCGGGGCGACGUCGUUGAAGGAGCGGACCAACGCCAUGGCCAACAUGAGCGCCUGCCAGGCUCUGGGCUUCAUCCUGGGACCAGCCCUCCAGGCGGCCCUGUCCUUCAUCGGGGAGACGGGCGUGGCCGUGGGGGGCGGCGGCCUGCGGCUCAACAUGUACACCUCCCCCGCCCUGCUGGCCGCGCUGCUGGGGGUCCUCAACAUCCUGCUGGUGAUGCUGGUGCUCAGGGAGCAUUUCGUGGACGACGAGGGGCGACACCUCUGCGCCAUCAACUACGAGUCUGAGGAUCGAGUGGAGCUGCAGGAGGCGGAGGGCGACAUCGACCCCGUCGCCGUGCUCACCUCCAACCUACUCUUCUUUGUCAUCAUGUUCAUCUUCGCCGUCUUUGAGACGAUCGCCACGCCCCUGUCCAUGGACAUGUUUGCGUGGGCCCGGACGGAGGCCGUGCUCUACAACGGCGUCAUCCUCUGCGCCAUCGGCUUCGAGUCCAUCGCCGUGUUCCUCGUGGUCAAGGUGGUGGCUCAGAGGGUUGGAGAUCGUCCCGUGCUGCUGGGGGGCCUUGGCAUCAUAUUCUGUGGCUUCUUCGUGCUGCUGCCAUGGGGUGACCAGUACCCCCUCCUCCAGUGGGAAGACAUCAAGAACAACUCGGUGGUGAACCAGACGUUCUCCAGCCCCCGCUCCAUCGCCCCCAUCGCCCCAGGGGCCUCCAACGGCACGGUGGGGCCCCGGGGCUGUCCCUUGGCCCAGAGCUGGUGCCAGUACACGCCCUCCAUCCACCUGGGCCAGUUCGUCAGCGCCGACGUGCUCAUCGGAGCCGGCUACGCCGCCUGCAACGUCAUGUCCUACACGCUCUACUCCAAGAUCCUGGGGCCAAAACCGCAGGGCGUGUACAUGGGCUGGCUGACGGCGUCGGGGAGCGGGGCCCGGACGCUGGGCCCCGUGUUCGUGUCCAACGUGUACACGCGCCUCGGCCCGCGCUGGGCCUUCAGCGUCAUGUGCGGCCUGGUGGCGGCGGGCGUGGCUCUCCUGGCCGCGCUCUACCGCCGGCUGGUCCCCUUCUCCGUCCGCCACCGGAGGGCCAGGGACACGUAGCCCGCCCCAGCGUAGCGGAGGACCGGGGCGCGGCAGAGCCCGAUACUGGACACUGCGUUGUCGCGGGCGAGGUCUGGAACGACGAGGAAACGGCUGCUUGGUUUUUAUUGCAUCACCGGUCGUACCGCCAGGUGUGACAUGUGGUUUCGCCGUUACGAGCCGUUUUUGAAAAUCGGCCUCUUCUGACAUCACAGGUGGGCGUGUCCACCGAGAUGUGUGACGGAUGGGUGGGCGAUGUUCGCUACAGUCCACCGGGUACGUCGCUGCUAGGCCGAUUUUCAAAACGUCUUGUAAUGGCUGAUCACACUCACACCUGGUGGUAGAAUAGGUUCCCCAUUUCUAAUCAAUAUAUGAGUGCUGCAUUUCUUUUUUGGAAACACUAUUGUAACAACAGGACUUUUAGCAACGUGUGAUAAGUAUUGUGAAUGAAGAACAAAGCUUUGGUCCCAAUUACUCUGUUAUACAUAUUGGUAUUGGGGCUACGUCUUCUGCGUAUGUUUUGAACAAGCAAUGUUACUUUCCGUCAUAUUAUUUGACGAAUGAUUUUAUUGUACUGAUUUUAGACGAUUGUAAUUCACAACAGGGAUGUAAAUAAGUGGACUGAUAGUUUAAAGUGUAAAUAUUGAGUGAUUCAUGAUAUUUUUUACGUGUGUAUGAAUAGAGGUGAGUGGGUGGGUGUGUGAUAGAAUUUGAAUACGGUAACUACCUUGUUUAAAUAAUCUAUGAAAAUAAUGUGAUUUAUUUUGAAUGACUAAUCCAAAGAAAUGUUGAAGAGAAAACGUUCAUCAACAAUUAAAAUAUGGAAAUAAGCAAUGUCUUUCAUAGUUAUUUGUGUUAAGCAUGAAAUCUUUCAUAGUUCGUGUAUGCAUUUAGUUGAUUCCAUUGUGCGAGGGCUAUAAGUGAGACCACGAUUUUAAAAUGACUAUUAAUGUUAUUAAUAAUGAUGCAUACGUCUGCUGCCGUACACGUUUCAAUGUACAUGCCCGAGGGGCAUUGCUAAGGUGUGUAGGACUGCUGUGUACGUCUCAUGUCUUGCCAGUCUGGUGAGCCAGUGUUGUGCCCGGAACAGGAUGUGGUCCGCCUGGGUUAUCACAAGACACAAAGAAACACACACAAUUAUAUCACCCAAAUCCUAACCUUACGAAGCAGGAUUACAGCUCUGCUAAGAAGAUCUUCUGAGAACAAUCUGUUAAUUAAAUGCAUAAAAAAUAUAUAAUUUAAAAAAUAUAAAAAAUACUUAAAUACAUUGCACUUUCUAAAAUGCUCAUUUAUUGCAUACGUUUUCUUUUACUUAUCGAUUAUUUUAUUUUAUUGUAUGGCAAUGUUUAUGUGUGAAGUACUUUGAGUCUUUGUGUAUGAAAAGUGCGAUAAAAAAUAAAGUUGCCUUUCCUUGCCUUGCCUUGCCUUUG